UCGCUACCCUCGCUCUCCUCCGUCCUCUCCGCAAAACCUCCGGAAUCUGUCCCUCGACAUCAUCAGACCACCCCACUCGCCCCGGAACCGCCAGAAACAUGCCAAUGAUUUUCGACCGCACGCCUUCGUCGGCCUCUGAGAAGCAGCCUCUUUUGGCGGAAGACGGACAUUUGCACGAGGAACGUCGCAGGCUGCACCAUGAUGCCGACGUGGUGAUCAUCGGUGCCGGCGUCUUUGGCAGCGCCGCUGCCGUCGCGCUGGCACGACAGGGCAGGAGCGUCAUUCUGCUGGAGAAGAGCCUUAAGAUGCCAGACAGGAUCGUGGGAGAGUUGCUGCAGCCGGGUGGCGUGCAGGCACUGAAGGAGUUGGGUUUGGAGGACUGUCUCGAAGGCAUCGAUUCGGUGGCGUGCUUUGGCUACGAAGUCAUCUACUAUGGCCAGGGUGUCGAUAUCCCAUACCCAGCAACGAACAACAAGAAGCCGGAGGGCCGGGCUUUCCACCAUGGACGCUUCAUUCAGAAGCUUCGCGAGGCAGCAAUGAUGGAGCCGAAUGUCACGGUAGUCGAGACGGAGGCCAAGGACUUGAUCAGAAAUGGGUGGUCUGGGCAGGUGCUCGGUGUGGAGUGUUUGACGAAGGUCGAGAACGAGAAAUACGAGAAAGACUACUAUUUCGGUCAUGUUACUCUCGUCGCCGACGGCUAUGCCUCGAAAUUCCGCAAGCAAAACCACCCGCACACCCCUCAAGUCCGCUCGAAGUUCUUCGCUCUGGAGCUUAUCGACGCCCAGCUGCCAUUGCCUCAACAUGGCCAUGUUGUCCUUACGGAGGGCCCGCCUGUCCUGCUUUACCAAAUCGGUACGCAUGAAACGCGUGCGCUGAUUGAUGUCCCUGAAGGCCUGCCCUCGGCAUCCGUCAAGAACGGCGGAAUCAAGAACCACCUGCAGAAUGUCGUCCUCCCCUCUCUGCCGGAAUGCGUGAGGCCUAGCUUUAAGGCGGCAAUGGACCAGGGCAAGCUUCGCAGCAUGCCAAACUCUUUCCUUCCUUCCUCGACAAACCGCAUUCCGGGCCUGAUCAUCGCAGGCGAUGCACUGAACAUGCGACACCCCCUGACUGGCGGUGGUAUGACGGUGGCUUUCCACGAUGUGGUACUCCUGUCGAAAUUGCUGCACCCGUCGAAUGUGCCAGAGCUUUCGAGCACGAAGCUCGUGCUGAAGCAGAUGAAGGCAUUCCACUGGCAACGCAAGAACUGGGCAGCAGUCAUUAACAUCCUGGCUCUGGCGUUGUACGCGCUGUUUGCUGCUGAUGACUCUGCUUUAAAGGCCUUGCAACUUGGGUGCUUCCGUUACUUCCAGCGUGGUGGCAACUGCGUCGACGGCCCUGUCGGCCUUCUCGCAGGCAUUAUCCGCCAACCGCUUGUUCUCGUCUAUCACUUCUUCGCCGUCGCACUUUACGCUAUCUGGAUUCGCUUCUGUGAAGCACCGUUAUACCUCAAGCCUUGGGCACUCAUCAGCAGCGUGGCCAUAUUCUACAAGGCUUGCAUUGUCAUUUUCCCUUACAUCUGGUGCGAGCUCAGGCCGUAAAGACGACCUGAGUUGAUGGGAGAUUAGAGCGGAAAGAAAGGGGUUCUUGGCGUCGGCAUUCAUACCAUGUUAAUCAGAGUGCGGUGGCUGUACAUAUCGUGCUUCGCGAGACAUGGCUGCCACAGAUGGAUGGUUAAGACUUUUACGAGAGGUCGGGCGUUUAGACAUGGGAGG